UAUUAAUUCCAAUGUAUUAAAAUGUGCUGCAAUGCAAACCACCGGUACUGUUCCAUCUUUAUGGGAGUGGUGGCAAUUUUUGUAGGAUGUUUGGAAAUAGGAUUCCAGUGCAGCGAUCUAGCUGCUGUGAAUUGGAGUACCGAGGAUUAUUGGAAUCGCUGGAAGAUAGCGGCAGUUGUGUACUGGAUUAUCUUAAUGAUAUCCGCAGGUCUUCUCAUUUUGGGCGCAAUAAUAAAAAACCGCGUUUUGUUGCUGAUCUGGAUAUUAGCUUCAUUGCUUUGCGGAGUGGCUCUAAUUAUGUUGAAAAUAGUAUUGUUUGCAUGCCAUUUCUUUAGGGACAAAGAUGUAGAGCAACUACUUCUUUUUGGCAGCCUAACGAUAUUUUAUAUUUUCCUUAUAUUUUUGUUCGUGUACUUCCCUUAUGCAUAUAGGCGUGAACUCCAAGAAGAGCAAUACGAAUAA